AUGGCUCCCGUACACAGGAAGCGUGCUGCUUCGGUCGCGAGUGGGACAUCCCGACACGAGCAGGCCGGACGCAGGAGUGCACCCUAUAAGGUCAUCUUUGAAGAAAUAACCCAGAAGAAGAAACUUCUCACAUACCUUACGCAUGAUGUGAACCCUCCCCGUGGAUACACUUUCAUCCCAGCUGGAGAUUCACAAUUGAACAAGCGAUGUAGGAAGUAUUCAAAAUAUCUCGGAUUGACUGUGUACAUCGUAUCGCCAGGAGCACGUUCAGCGAUGGAACUUUCGAGAGAAGUCCAUCGUAUAGGGCACCAUUUUCCCACAUUCGUUGUGGACAAAGCCUGUCACAGUUUAGGUGUAACACUUACUACUACUGGUCGGGUAGCCCAAUCUCAAUUUGCUUUUUUGCAAGAGGACGUGCUCAGGGACAAGAUGAUCAGAGGUCAUAGUAGGUUGAAGAAGAAUAAGUCAAAGACACAAGGAGGACCAUCAGGAUUUGAUUCUUCCUUGCCGCAAGCGAUUAUUGAUUCCCAGGCUCGAGAAACCCUUAAGGAUCUUUUCCCUAAGAUACCUGAGCGCGAUAUGCACGAAAUAAUUUCUCGUGCCUUUGAUAAGAACAAAGGUCUCGUCGGAACCGCGGAAGGAACUUCGCUUGUUCGGAGAGCGAAUUUGGCCGUUGUAGCUCAUAUUCGGCACGUUUACACAAAUUAUGAUGAGCUUCUGCAGUCUGGAACCCUCUGGCACGAUGCUCGGCGUGGUGUUGAGCAGUUCACGCUUGACAAACUGGUUUCGUGGCGAGACGAGGACGAUGGCGAUGACAAGGAUGAUGACGUGACGGCAAUGCUUCGAGAAGUAAUAGUCAUUUCAGACGAUGAGAAGCAUUUGCCGGCGUUCGAAAGCAGGCCCAGGUUCCACAACACGGCCUACCAAGCUAAUGAACCCCCAGCUGAACUCCCACAUGCGGGAUUGAUAGAAAUAGAAGAUGAGGAUGACUCUGACGACGAAGAUUAUGGCACCUACACCAGAACCACAGAACGUGAUCUUGACCACGAAUUCCAGUACGAUCCAGCUCGCAAAGUUCGACAAGACGAAGAAAUGCACGCUAGAUGGAACGCGGCUGUCCAUCGUCACAAGCGCGACCCUAAUCGAGCACAUGUCAAUGUAAGGAACGCCAUCGGUGAGAAGGAUCUCAUAACACCAUCCUUACCAGGGCCUACGAAUGGUCUGAGGCCGAUUCCAGGACUUGACGGUUAUAAUCGGUCUAUCGUAGGAGUUGGAAAACAAACUGCCAUCGUUGAGGGGAGCAAAGAGCCCGCUACCUUCUCACCGCCGCCAAUUCAACAUGCCACGAUGUCACCCUUGAACAAAGACCUCCAGCGAAGCUUGGACCUGAAUACGAUCAAUUCUUCUCAGACAAAUGUCAAGACGCCAAACACGGUAGAAAGGUUUCACGACCAAGGCAGAUUGUUUGUCGCACCUACCACAAAUGAUCGCCCUGAAGCUAUGCAAUCAUCACGAACGUGGCAAACACUCCGUCCAGCUAGUAUUCAUGGAAAUAUCCUACCUUCGGUUGAGACUGAACAUCCUGAAGCCUUGUCGACCCAUGAAGGCCGUUUUGGUCAUGUCAAUCCAAUGACGAUGGGGCAAUCACGUUCUCUCGAGUUGCGUGGGUUGGAGAGGCGACGCAAUCAUAGCAUUAACGACAACUCCGCUCCAUAUCAGGCCGCGCAGCAGCACAUUCCGCCUAUUGAUUCACACAGGGCCGUUCUUGUGCCGUUAGACCAAUCCUUGAACAAUGAGGUUGUUCAUCUAGAGCCUAUUGGGUUGCGUAGAAACGCCUCAAAGCAGGAAGCCGUCCCCACAAAAUCACAUCAGGCAGAACGAUUUCAAGACGAUCCUCGACAGAUCCUGCUUCCACGAAAUGAGACCAGCCAGAUUGCAUCUCGUGAUGUCGAAGCGGCAUGGACUUCGUGGGGAGGCUCGAAUCCCUACCCACACCAGCUUCAUAAACGAUUGCAUAACGCAGAACCUACUUCUGUAUCUUCGCAAGCAUCUGCGCCUGUCAGUAUGCAACGAUCAAAGCUCGUCCGUCUGUCGGAUACCCUAGAAUCGCAAACACAAGCAACGCGUGAGCCAAAUUUAGAUUGGGUACAAGACAAUACACAUAGCAAUAAUAGGAACGGUGGGCUGGCUCAGAGACGACAGGUGUUCUUACAAACAGAUGAAAAUGGUAGUCAAGGACCAAAGGCCACUGACCCACACGGAUAUGCUGGAAGACUGCUUGACUCUUACAAUCAUUCUGACUCUCACAAUCCUAUGGCAGCACUUCAAAAUCGCCCAAUCCAAGAAGUAGAAACAUAUAGGCAGCAGCCUAGGCUUGUCCGUCUUGGGGAGCACCAGGAACGAAGACAGGAAUUUCCGUUGCAGCAACCUUUACAAAUGACGCUGGCAGAGGGGCAGUCCCUCCCACGACAAAUUAAACUUCCCACCGGAAAUCCAUUCGAGGAAAGACGAAUGCAGCAUCCUUAUCUACUUGAAGCGUAA